GCGUCUGGCUGGGAGCUAUUUUACCACAAAAAUGUAAUCAACGCCAAUUUAAUUUACGCUACGGCUAUCAAAAAAGAUAGAAUUUCACAUUUAGAUUUUAGCCAUACAAGUUUUCUUCAGAGGACGGAAAGGCUCUGUCAAAGGAGGAAAAGGAAAACUAUAGUUCAUAUUUUCUAAAAUUUACUUUAUUUUCGAAAGAAAUUUUUUAGAAUAUUUUCUCCCAUGGGGCCAUUUCGAAAUGAUUUUGGACCAGUUUUUGUGGUCUCUGUAAUAGCCUUAUUGAUCCUCAUAGUCGAAAUGCAAGUCGAAAUUGCAGCAUUUUCCGUCUCACCUCUCGGUCUUUCGGGAAAACUUGGAAAUUUAGAUUUAUCAAGAACUGGAAAAUCGCAUAAUUUGGGGGUCUCUUGGUCCAUGAAUUUGGACGCUGAGAUAAAACAAAGAAAAUCACUCUGCCCCAACAUCCCAGUCCGUAGUGGUUAUCAGUAUCGUUACCACAAUGAGACACAGGCCUGUUACAAAAUCGGCGACAAGGGACCCUGUGGCGACAACAUGAUCUUUUUCGCUUAUCAAACCAACGCUGUUUAUGGUCAAUGUGACUGCAACUAUAACGAUAAUACGAGAGCUUUAAUCAUGUCGCUGGACCAGUCAUCGUGUCACUUUGCGUACUCAAAGGGCUACUGUCGUGACGGGGAAUGGUUAACGUUCUCCCCAACAUGGGACGCCGUCUGUGAGCCUAACGUCUGUCUAAAAUUUUACGACCAUGUCCACGACUUUAACGCCAUUAUUCCCCCCACGACCAAAGAGGUCACCGGGAAGGCGGUGUCAAUAGAGUUUAUUCCCUACAGGAAUAGCAAAGGGACAUAUUCGUGCGUCCCGCUCGGCUUAUCUUGCCAAGAUAAGGACAUGGAUGAGGAUUCAGUGAAUAAAUGGGGGUCACUUGCCCACCUUCCGCAUGAAGUUCAGUUCAUCAAGGGCAAACUUGAUCCGAGGUGUGGUCCUCGAAGUGACCUUAUCCACUGGAGACAUCCCACACCAAAAAUGCAAUGCCUGCCAGGAUCCUAUUUAAUGACAGUGGCUAAGCAGGAGUGUAACCAUCAGUUUGAUAUUUAGUUUUUAAUCUACAUACAGUUAUUUUUGUUAAUGGAUGUUUUUAAAUAUAAUUAUGUUGUCAUAAAUUAAGUGAAAGUGGGCGAAAUAAAAAAAGUGGUUGUUAUUAAGAGUGAA